CCCGCAAGUCAAAGAAAGAUUCGGCGAUCCGACCGGGGAGUGUCGUAUGUUUCUUGAAUUUGGCCUUUUAUGGCCGGCCCAUUACUAUAAAUUAUUCCCCUGGUUCGAUGCCAUUCGAAAUUCUUCCUAGUCUCGUAUUAUUACUGUCAUUCCCCCACAAACCCUGAGCGGGACUGAGUGAGUCCGAAGCUCGUGUUUUCCAGAAAAAUGGCGAAGGCGAUUCGUUUCUUCGAGCUCAACACCGGGGCCAAGAUCCCCUCCGUCGGGUUGGGCACCUGGCAGUCCGAUCCCGGCGUCGUCGCCGACGCCGUCACCACCGCCAUCAAGGUUGGGUACAGGCAUAUUGAUUGUGCUCAAGCUUAUAACAACGAGAAGGAGGUUGGUACUGCUCUCCAGAAAUUGUUCAGCGACGGUGUGGUGAAGCGUGAGGAUUUGUGGAUCACUUCCAAGCUAUGGUGUGCCGAUCACGCACCAGAAGAUGUUCCCAAGGCAUUAGACAGAACCUUGGAGAACUUGCAGCUCGAGUACCUGGAUCUUUACCUGAUUCACUGGCCUGUGAGCAUGAGGAAGGGCUCGGUCGGCUUCAAGCCUGAAAACCUUACCCAGCCGGACAUACCCAGUACGUGGAAAGCGAUGGAGGCACUAUACCAUUCUGGCAAGGCUCGAGCCAUUGGAGUGAGCAACUUCUCCUCAAAGAAGCUCGGCGAUUUGCUGGACAUCGCGGGAGUCCCUCCUGCUGUCAACCAAGUGGAAUGCCACCCGUAUUGGCAGCAAGGGAAGCUGCACGAGUUUUGCAAAUCCAGGGGUGUACAUUUAUCAGGUUAUUCGCCAUUAGGUUCCCCGGGCACGGGAUCUAUCAAGAGUGAUAUCCUCAAGAAUCCAGUUAUCACUACCAUAGCAGAGAAACUGGGCAAGACUCCGGCGAGGGUGGCACUUCGUUGGGGACUCCAAAUGGGCCACAGUGUGCUUCCCAAGAGCACAAACGAAUCAAGAAUCAAGGAAAACCUCGAUGUCUUCGACUGGUCCAUACCCGAUGACUUGCUCUGCAAGUUUUCCGAAAUACCUCAGACGAAACUAAUCAAGGGCACUGGCUUUGUGCAUGAGACUCUGGGUGCAUAUAAGACGGUCGAAGAACUUUGGGACGGCGAGCUUUGAAUGGACAUGAGCAACCAUCUGAAGCAUGAGAGCCGCUGUUCUUGUCAAUAACUUACCUUCCGUUUACUUUCGUGUUAGCUGCUUAGGCCUAUGAAUCCGGCGAAACAUAAAUUCGAACGUAUUAUUAGCCUUUUAGCUCAUCGAUCAGCGCAACUGCGGUUGAAGAUGCGUGAAAGGCGCAAUUGUUUGCGUGUAUUCUCGUCUGAUAAUACUAUGAUGGAGUCGUAUUCGAAA